AUGUUUCGCGAUGAGAGUAGCAAAGUGAUACAAAAGGCACAUGCGCAAUGGGGUGUCGGCGAUUCCGCUUCUGAAGGACUGUCGACACAAACUUCAUCCAGCUCUCUCGCUUCAUCAUAUGCGUCCAAUGCUUCCACCCAUUCAUCUUCCUCCUCUGCGUCGCUACACACUCAUUCGGCCCCCUCAUUCACAGCCGGCUGGCCCACGUCUCCUGAUUCCACGCUGAACCACCAAACAUUGCCCCCGACCCCUUCAUCUCCAUCUUCUUCUUCUUCUUCCUCCUCUAUUAUAUCCAAAUCCUCAGCUGUCAUCACAACGCGGCCUGUCUUCACCCAACCACCGCGACUCCCGACACCUAUCGAUACGAGUAUCGAGGACCAAGGUAUUCAAUUCUAUGUUAACCGCUACCUCAUUGGUCACCCCGAUGAGCCGAGACAUCCUGGCGACUUGACAAAUACUGAAUGGCUGUGGGACCCUGCUGUGCAGGAUAUAAUGGCUGCCGUCGGCCUUGCCAGUCUUUCGAAUCUCAAGGGCGAUAGCAGCAUGAUGACGGUGGCCCGUCAAAAAUAUGGAUUAGCCCUACGCCAAACUGGUCGUCUCAUACAGACCUCGAGCAUGCCGGACUUUGAGGUUACAAUGCGCUCCGUCGUCAUGCUUGCCAUGUUCGAGGUGUGUGCCCUUACCCCCGAUGCUGUUCAAGAUUCCUCGACGCUCGUCAAGGGAGCAAAUCAAGGCAUUGCUCAUGUACAUGCGCACGUUAUGGGCGGCGUUGCUCUAUUACGGAGAUGGUUACCUAUGCCGGCAGCAGCCUUUCUCGGUGUUCGCGCUAUGAUACAAAUGACCUACUCUCUUUUCAUAGCUGCCUACAUCUCAGCAACACCAUUACCGGACCCUCUUUACGAGUGGGUUUCGUUUGCCAAAACCCUCCUCGAACCUGCUGAUCAUCCAGCUACUGAUCUCGGCCCAUUAGUUGGUCAUUUUAUCAAAGUAGCCACCUAUAUCAAGGCCCACCCUUUUUCUGAUGGCCAAAUGGAUACGGCUGCCGCUCUGAAGCAAUUAUUCGCCCUCGAUGAAUCUUUCCUAGAAUGGGAACAUAGGCUAGGACCUACAUGGCGAUUUCGUACAGAGAAGGCCAAACAUCUACCAUCGUCUGUGGUGUUUGAGGGCGUAUAUCAUGUCUAUUAUGACAUGUUCGUUGCACGCAUGUGGGGACAUUACCGGUGGGCACGCACUCUUCUGAAUCAACACAUCAUUGAGUUCAUCAAGAAAUACCCCAAAUCCAGCGCACCUUUGAUGUCACUGGCGGAGUAUGGACGGCGAUAUGAGAUUGUAAGAGGGCUCGCCCGGGAUACGCUUGUGAGCACUCCGACGCAUUGGCGACAUCCUCUUCUUACCGACAAAUCUGCCAUGCCAGUUGAGAGGAUAGGAGGCGCAGGCUCAGGUUCUGCUGGACUUCCUGUUGUUCUGUUCCAUCUUCAGGUGGCUGCAUGUGCCCCUGGCGUGCCAGACACAUACUGGGACUGGGCAUUGGCGGUGAUGGAAUGUAUAUGGAGUGAUAUGGGUAUUCUACAUGCCAAAUCUAUGAUGGAAUCUAUGAAGGCAUACCGAGACUCCUUACUGGUAAAGGAGGAGGCAACUGAACUCAAUGUGCGAUGA